AUGACUCAUUCAAUGAGUAGUCCUAAGAAUAUACAACUAGUAUUCGAGACAUAUCAGAAGGCUCGGCUUGCAUUUGUCCAGUCAAUAGCCGAGUUGGCGACCAGAUCAACGAACGUGAAAUGUCUAGAGAGCGCUGGAGUAAUUGAAUUACUUCGCCCUCUGGUAUCGGACGCUUAUAGUACGGUGCGUCAGUGUGCUGUUGUAGCAGCAGCGAGGCUGGCCGAACACGACGAGGGAGUGGCCAGGCAGUUGCUGAACGGGGGCAUGGUCACUACCGUGCUAGAAAACCUUCACAAAUAUAAUGUAUACUACAAGAGAUCAGCGUUAUAUUUAAUGAGAGCUAUUGCCAGGCAUAACGAUGAACUUGCCUCUAUGAUUGUACGUCUUGGUGCAUUGGAACACAUAGUAACAUGCCUCGAGGACUUUGAUACGCAAGUAAAAGAAAAUGCAGCUUGGGCUUUGGGCUAUAUUGGAAAGCAUAAUGAACAAUUAGCUGGUCAAGUUAUUGACGCUGGAACUCUUCCUUUGUUAGUGCUUGCAUUUCAAGAACCUGAAAUAAGUCUUAAACAGAUCACAGCGGGUGCACUCGUGGAUCUGGCGCAACACAAGCCGGAAGCCGUGGUCGAUGCGGGUGCAAUAUGUCAUUUAGUUCGUGGGCUAGAUAAUCAAGACCCAAAAUUGAAGCGUAGCGUGCUGUGUGCACUGAGCGCGGUUGCUGGCGGGCGGGCGGAGCUGGCGGAGGCCGUGGUGGCGGGCGGCGCGCUGCCGCCGGCGCUGCUGCACGCGGCGCACCACGCGCCGCCCGUGCGCCGCGCCGCCGCGUGCCUGCUCAGGGACAUCGUUAAACACUCCAUUGAAUUGGCGCAAUUAGUAGUUAACACGGGAGGUUGUGGUCCACUCGUAGAGCUGUUGGCUGAAAGUACCGGAGGUUCGCGCGUGCCAGCUUUCAUGGCGCUUGGCUUUAUUGCAGGACAAUCAGAUCAACUUGCCAUGGCUGUUAUCGAAUCAAAGGCAGUUCCACCUUUAGUGGAGAUCCUCCAGAAUAACGAGGCAGAAGAAGCUGAGAUAUGUGCGGCCGCUUGGACUUUGGGUCACAUUGCUAAACAUUCCCCUCAACAUAGUUUAGCAGUAGCUGUUGCUAACGCUUUUCCAAGAUUAUUGCAGUUAUACACCAAUCCAAAAUCAUCUGAAGAAAUAAAAGCUAGAGCAUUGUGUUGCUUGAAGCAGUCACUACAAUGCUGUCUGCACAGACCUGCACUUGAGCCACUUUUACAUGCAGCCCCUGCGUGUGUCUUGAAAUAUGUACUGGCACAAUAUGCAAAGAUAUUACCAAAUGAUGCAAGAGCUCGUAGACUAUUUGUAUCGACUGGAGCAUUAAAAAGAAUACAAGAAAUAGAUACAGUCCCAGGCACAUCUCUUAAAGAAUAUAUCAAUAUAAUAAAUAGUUGCUUUCCUGAAGAAAUCGUAAGGUUUUAUACACCUGGUUAUUCCGAUUCAUUACUUGACAGAGUUGAAACUUACACGCCUCAGAUUCCAGAGUUAUUUACUGAUCGUGUACCAAGUGAUUGUCAAAGCGAGUUAAAAUUAGAAAAUUGA